AUGAAUAAUGAUAACUUAAAGAACAAAAGAAGUAAUAAUAAUAAUAAUAAUAGUAAAAAUGCUGAUAUUAUCAAUAACAACAAUAGUAUAAUAAAUAAUCUAAGUAAAGAUGAUGAUUUAUUUGUUGAUAAUUUCAAUAGACUAGUUGAUCUAAAGUAUAGAAUCUUAAUGGGUUAUAAACCGUUGAUAAAUCUUAGUGAUACAACUUGUAAAUCAUUGACCGAUGUCGAAUCGAUAACAAAUGGCAAGAAUCAUAAAAAGAGAAAUAGAUCAAAUAGUAAUGAUUUAGAUGUAAACGAUAAUAAUAAUAAUAAUGAUAAUAAUGGUACAAGCAGAAAAUUAAUAAAAUCACCAAAUGAAAAACAACAACAACAACAACAGCAACAAGUACAACCAAUAUAUUCAUUGAUAAAAAGAAAUAAUAAUCAUAAUUAUAAAAAGAAUCUUUCUAUAUUGGAUUUAUACGAUGAGACAUUCACAACUACAACAUGGAGAAGAGCAAACGCAACUUACAAUCGAUAUCAACAGCCUGGCAAAACAUAG